GUGCUUCAGCUGAAAAAGCAGAGAGAAUCAAGGAAAGUGGAUUCAAAAAUCAAACCGUCGCCAUCACAGAUUAAUGCUCAGAUUGAGAAGCUAAAGGAUCUUUGCAAAAGAGUCUCCCUCAAUAAAAACUAUCUCCCUUCUAUCUGCUGCUAUACUGUCCAGAAUACAUACGAGAGCAUGACAUGCUCUGAGAUAUCUCCAGAUUCAACUAUGCUUGCGUGUGGAUACAAUGACUCGUACAUCGAUGUUCAUAGUUUGUCUAAAACUUCUCUCAAGAAAUUAAAAAAUUCUUCAGAGCUAAGCAAAAUUGAUAUCAAAGGAAAAGAUGAGAAAUUUGAAGAGAUGGGAGAAACCGUAAGGCUAGUUGGGCAUUCAGGUCCUAUCUAUAGUCUUAAGUUCUGUUCCUCCAAUAAGUAUUUGAUUAGCGGAUCGGCCGAUGGGACUGUGAGGCUGUGGUCUCUCGAUCUAUUUAAAACUAUAUGUGUGUACAAGGCCCACACUUUCCCCAUCUGGACAGUUGAUUUUGCUCCAGACGACUUCUUCUUUGCCAGCGGUGGUGCCGACAAGCAGGCUAUUGUAUGGUGCACCAAAUCCAACAAGCCAGAAAGGCUGUUUCUUGCUUCUCUCAGCGAUGUAACGGUUGUUAAGUUCCAUCCAAAUGGCAACUAUCUUUUUACUGGGUCUUCAGAUCAUAAGAUUAGGAUGCAUCAUAUUGAGUCUGCAAAGGUGGUUAGAGUGUUCUGUGGCCAUAGCGACGCCAUCUCUUGUGUUGACAUUUCGCACGAUGGAAAGUACAUGGUAUCUGGGUCCAAGGAUAAAACCGUUAUUCUUUGGGAUAUUGAGCCAUCCAAAAUACUCAUCAAAUUUACUGGUCAUGAGUCGACUGUUUACUCUGUUUCAUUCUCAUACUUUGGGAACAUCAUUUGCUCAUCGGGUGCCGAUAAUUCGAUUAGACUUUGGGAUAAGUCGGAUCCAAGUGGGGCAUGCUUAGGUACGUACUACACAAAGAACACACCUAUUCACUGUGCUAAAUUUGGAUAUAGAAACAUAGUUUCGUGUGUAGGACCAUUUAUGGGGUAG